AAAACAUCGAGCGCGGACGGCGGAGAGGACGGCAAAGACGGGCGCUCGUCGACGUGCGUGCUCGAGUGCUCGGUGGGGAUGAGCGGCGUCAGCGCGAGGCGGGACGUAUCGGGGGGAUACGGCGGCGACGUCCCGCAUUGUUCCGCGUGGGACGGGCCGUGCUUUAAGGUGGAGUGGUUAAGCGGGGACGCGACCGCGUUUGGCCUGUCGGGGACCCGGACGAGGCGGUGGGGAGGCGGGAGGCAACGCACGCCGGUCGCGGGGUGCGGGAGGACGCCCGCAGACGCGCUCGCCGCGCUGCUGGACGCGAUGGGGGGCGUCUUAAAAGGGUCGGGGGGUUGGCGCGGUUUUCGCGGCGACGACGCGUUCGGUUUCGUCGCCAGCCGAGUCGGAGCACCGCCGGCCACGACAAAGACGCGGGUGCGCGAUCGUUUGGACGAGUUGGUCGCCCGCGCGUGCCGCUUGGCCCCGCGGCCGGUUCGGCUGCGCGCGCCGCACGGCGUCGGUCUCGCGCUCGUGCGCGGAUCCGCGUACGCGGGUCUUGGUCUCGGUUCGGUCAACUCCAAAGAGCUUGCCGGCGUCGACUGUUCGAAUCCCGUCCGGGGCAAAUCGAUCGACUUUUCCAUCGACCGGGGGCUGGUCGCCGCCGCGAUCGCGUCCCCGGACGUCUUCGUCAGCGCCGAGUAUCCCGAACGCGAGUAUCCCCUCCUGCCCGGGUACCAGGUCAGCUUCGAGGCGGCGCCGGGGGUGCACGUCGCGUGUCGCCUCGCGCUGGAAGCGGUCAAACGGGAACGCAAAGGUCGGGGGUUCGAUCCCUACAUGGCGUUCCGCGUCGAGCGGAGGGACGGCCCACGGGUGGUGGAGUCGUGCUGCGCCCAGGCUGGGGACCCCGAGCGGUGCUGGCGCAAGGUGCCGUCGCUCAUGCGCAGGUGCGCCGUGGACGCGGCGCCGGGGCGGGUCAUCAAGGGGGAAAUUAACUCAAAGGGCGGGGAUCGGUUCGAGGGACUGGGCGCGCACCUCUUCGGGCUCGAGUCGCGGGAGGUGUUGGAGCUGCUGCGAGGGCACAGGCGCGCGAUGGGAAGUGCCGGGGGCCCCGAGUGGUGCCCGAAGCUUCCGCCGGCGGAGAAGGGCGAAGAGGGAGCGGGACGUGAUUUACAGACUUUUUCCUGAAAUACGAAGACCCGUUCCAUCCGACGCUCGAACGUGACACUCGCGGCGAUCGCGUCUCCCGUCGAAGUCUCACGCGGGUAUCGGCGAAUCCGGCCGGGGCGUCGCGUCCGCCACGGACGACCCGCGCGGAUGCGCGAUGAAGCUCCCGUACGCGUUUUCGAUCAGAGCCACCAGGUUCCCGCAGCUCCGGUUGAUCGUCUCGGACAGACCCGUCUUGGACCACACCCGACGCAUUCCGGCGCACUCAGCCUCCAUGCGCUCCUGCCGCUCGGCGACGGCGUCGAGCUUGGUGCGGACGUUCACGUCGACGCGAUCGCGAGCGGCGCGAGAGGCGUCGGCGGCGACGUCCCCGUCGCGAUGAGCACGCUCGGGUUCGCGGCUAGAUAAAUGGCGAUGGCCGGUUUUACGGUGGCGGCGCUUCGACUCGUGGUGCUUCGACUUGUGGUGGCCGGAUUUGUGGUGCUUCGACUUGUGGUGCUUCGACUUGUGGUGCUUCGACUUGUGGUGCUUCUCUGACGCGUCGGUAUCGUCGGUGGAACGUCGGCGCUUCUUCGACUCCUCCUCCGUCUUGCGCCGCUUCGCCGCCGCGUGCCUCGUGUCGUGAUGGUGACGGUGAUGGCGGUGAUGGCGGUGGCGACCCGCUCUUCGCGCGCCGCUCUUCGUCUCCGUCGGCUCGCUGAUCGAUGACGUCCCGGAGUCGCCGGAACCGUCGUCGUCGUCGUCGUCGUCGUCGUCGUCCGAGGAGGAGGCGUCGGAGCCGGAUUGGGAGGAGCGGGAAGUCCGAUCGUCAAGCGCGUCGAGGGAGUCGAGCGAGUCGGUCCUCGCGGGCCUGUGUUGGGCGAGGAUCUCGGCGCGGGACCUAGCGGCUCGUUCCGCCGCGCCGCGCGCGCCGCCCCCCGAUGUACCGGCGAGCCUCUUCGCCUCCUUGGCCGCGGCGCGCUCGUCGCGGCGGCGCCGCCGCGCGCGCUCCUUCUCCUCCUCCGCGGCUUGCAACAUGGCGAUGGCCGUCUGCACCUCCGUCUUGGGCGACUCGGUGCGGAACAUCGGGUUGAGGUGCGCGCGCGCGGCGGGCCGUUCCGGGCGCGGGGAGGAGACGGGGGCGUAACGAAGGUGCGCGUCGGCGAUGGACGCGGACGCUUCGAGCGCGACGCGAUGCAGCGACGCGGGUGCCAGU